UUGUUUCUAAACAAAAGUCGACCCGUCGAGGCGGGUCGGAAUAAGUGAGUCAAAAUUUUGAAAAUCCCUGGUUGCUGAUUGGAUGUUUAGACUAGUUAAACUAAAAAUAUUCAAAGAUAAAAAAGCGAAAAACUGUCGAGACCUUUGGAAAAUAUAAACUGUCAGAAGAGAGAGGAAUGUCGGAUUCAGCUGUUUACAGAUAAAAGUGUAAAAAUGCUGAUGAAAGGUUUGGCAAUCUUGUGCUAUGUUUAUAUUGUAUUUGGGGAUAAUGAGGGACAAACGUGUUAUUCAAGGUUUGAUUACGACGAAAAAAUGCUUACUAAAUUAGUGAAACUUGAAGACAAAAUAAAGAAGAAGGAAAAGCUUAUCAAAAAGCGGAUAAAUUUUGAAAAUGCACUUGAUGGGACUGUCGCAUUCACAGUUACUGAUCCUGCUAAUGUCCCUACUUCGGGUUCUCUAACAUUCGCUAAAGUAGUUACGAACGAAGACAAGGCUUUCGACUCAACUACAGGGAAAUUCAUUAGCCCUUUCAGCGGAAUGUAUUACUUCAGCCUGCAUCCCGUGGCUGAAACUACAAAUAACCUUAGUCAUAACCUUAGGCAAAUGGGAUGUUAUAUAACAAAAAAUGGGUUGAAUAAAGUACGCGUUUAUUCAGAAACGCCAGGAAGUGGGGAACUUUGGAAGUAAAUAAUCUAUGGUGUGUCUAACGCAGUAUAUCUGAAACUUGCAAAAGGUGACGUUGUUACCGUGGCAGACUGUAAUAAAGGAUCAAAUCUGAAGUCUUGGUCAUCAUUUAGUGGACAUUUAGUCAGACCGAGUAUGUAAAAGGACGCAAUGUAGAGGAAAAAGUAAGCUUUUACAGAGUUUGAAAGUUGUAGACUUUUGGUGAUAUAUAAAGACAGUGAUUAAGCCUGCCAUACAGACGUGUAUUAAGCAAUGAUAUCAAAGGUAUAGGUUUAUAAUUGACGAUGUUAGGUGAAUAUUUUAUGUAAGGUUUAGUAUAUGGAUACAUAAUGAAUUUAUUCCUCAUAUUACAGCUGUACGCCUGACAAAGGUAUACAAAUCCAAAUUAUUUAAAUGUUGAUCUAAGUUGUAUCCAAUAGCAGCAAACAGUUAUAACGUGUCUUCUGGUUUUGAUGGUACAGUGGAAGAUAUCAAACACACGUUAUAGACGGAUUUACAACGCUGUUGGUUGCCAAUAUGUUUUAUCGGAUAUUUUGGUUUUAAUGCGCAUGUGUUCUUUACGUGUAGCAAAAAAAAAAAAAAAAAAAAAAGAACCAACAGUUUUGGGUGUUCACUGAAAACACGUAGAGUUGAUCAUUGCCUCAUGUCGGACAGCUUCAAAAUAUUAACUUCUAAUUAUUACAAUGUAUAUAUCUUAUUAUAAAUAGUAACAAACGGCCUUUACGAUCGCUGUUGGCGGAUCUAUAAUGGCGCAGGGUGUCUCGCGCGCAAUAAUCCUGGUAACUGAAACGCGCA